UCUCCUUCACUGUGCCCUAUCUUUGCCAGGCCGACAGAUGCUAGCUUUGACAGGGUGAAAAAGGAACAGACGCUUUGCAGAUAUCCAUCUCUCCUUGCUUCACAUCAUAAAAUCGGUACAAUGGCUGUUCCUCCUUCAUACUCAGACCUGGGCAAGGCUGCCAAGGACAUCUUCAGCAAGGGCUAUGGCUUCGGCAUCGUGAAGCUGGACUUGAAGACCAAGUCUCAGAGUGGAGUGGAGUUCAACACAUCAGGUUCCAGUAACACAGACACAGGGAAGGCAGCUGGCAACCUGGAGACCAAGUACAAGAUGAAGGAGCUGGGCCUGAGCUUCAACCAGAAGUGGAACACCGACAACACUCUGGCUACAGAGGUCACUGUGGAGGACCAGCUGGCUCAAGGACUCAAGCUGGCUCUGGACACAUCCUUCGUACCAAACACUGGCAAGAAGAGUGGCAAGCUGAAGACUGGCUACAAGCGCGACUUCCUUAAUGUGGGCUGUGACGUCGACUUCGAGGGUCCCAUCAUCCACGCAGCCGCAGUGGUGGGCUAUGAGGGCUGGCUGGCCGGGUACCAGAUGGCCUUUGACACGGCCAAGUCCAAACUGGCCCAGAACAACUUCGCCCUGGGAUACAAGGCUGGAGACUUCCAGCUCCACACCAACGUUAACGAUGGGACUGAGUUUGGGGGUUCUAUCUACCAGAAGGUGGAUGACCAGCUGGAGACGGCGGUCACUCUGGCCUGGACGGCCGGCAGCAACAACACGCGCUUCGGCAUCGCAGCCAAAUACGCUCUAGACAAAGAUGCUUCCCUGUCUGCCAAAGUGAAUAACGCCAGCCUGAUUGGAGUCGGUUACACCCAGAGCCUCAGGCCAGGUGUGAAAGUGACUCUGUCAGCCCUGAUUGAUGGGAAGAACUUCAACACCGGCGGUCACAAGGUUGGCCUGGGCUUCGAGCUGGAGGCAUAAAGCAGGAUGAAGACCCACCAACCAAGAGAAGAGCUCAGAACCAAUCACACCUCCAUUCCCAACCACAUGCAAACCCUACCACAGCCCUUAUCCAAAACCAUCUUCAUGUAGCCUCUCCAUUCCUGCACCUCUGUCUCUCACUCACACACACACACACUAAGUGUUUAGGCAGGAAUAGUCAAACCCGUGGCAGCCAUGUCCGUCAUGACUGAAGUAGCUAAAUAACCUGAAUGAAUACUGAGAGACAUUCUGUAAUGUCAUGGCCAUUAUAUAUUCUAUCUCCUUUGGUUUAGAUAGUUAGCUACCACUACCGUUCAUCUUGUUUUAAAGAAAGUGUUUCAGUCUUCGAGGGGAAAGGCGGACACAUAAGAUGGAUACUUCUCCUUUAACUGACGUUGUACAGAAACGCAGGGGAGUUUUGUCAUCUGACUGGUAACUGAAGAGUCACAUCUCAGUAGGGGUUUGGGGGAGUAGUCCUUUGGGAAACUUGUAGCUCGUAUGCUUAUGUACGUGUAUAUAUUCCCCUUCGUCUUUCAUUGUAAACAUGUCUGAAUGAAUAUCUGGAGUAGAACGGAAGGCUUGGUAAGAAUGGAAGCCUCAUGCAUUUGAAGUCCAGUGUUCCCUCUGUCUGUUUCUUUUGUAUUGGUUUGAGUAUCAAAUGUUGUAUUUUGGUUGUGCUGUUGUCAGUCGUGGACCAUGGUAUCAGUUAAACUAGGUGUGAUCAUAGGAUGUUUUAGUGAUGUUGGACAUUAUGUACGACUCAAUUGUAUGUUUUCAUAUCACGGAUGUAAACCGUUGUUGGUUUUGGUCGGGCUGGGUGGGUGGGUGGAAAGAGACCGGUUCAAGCCAUAAGAAACAGGGUUGACGUAAGAACUAUCUCAUUUCAGACAAUUUAUGUUUUAAUUCCUCAUUUGACUGAAGUGAGAUUUUAAUUGAGUCCAACCUUGAGAAGGAAUCCACCAUUUGACCACUGCUCCCAUCUGCUGUUACUGUAACCACUGAACAAUAGGGGAGUCUGCAGGAGAGUUUCAGUAAGAUUAGUAUCGUCCGCUGAAUGCAGUUCUACAUGUGUCCCGAAACACUGAAAUAUUUUCCUCUCCUUUGCUCGGUUGCCACGCUUCUGUAUAUGCAAGCUGGUAGGUGAAAAUAAUAUGGUGGAAUCUUCCAGUAGGUUAGAAUAGGUGGCAUUUCUACAGUGUUGCUUUCAUCUAUCUAGUUAAGAUCUGUGGUCACGUGAAGAGGGACGUGGACAUGGCGCUAUUUGAGAGUAUUUUGAGCGACUCAUGAGUUAGAAUUUCUGUUCAGGGAUUUCAUUUAGUCUGUUCUAAAAUGAGUGUCUUGGUGCCAUUCUAGAAUGUUGUUGUUGCUCAUGCUACUUUGGACCGACACCCCUUCCUGGCUGCCAUUGGUCCCAUUGGGAGCCAAUCAACACUCCCUGUCAUUCCCACUCUCUGUACAUAGUAUACAUAUUCUCCUCUUAGUUUCACCACUCCUCCAGUCAGAAAACACUUGAAGGAAUCAUGUCAGAGGCCGUUGUGUGGAACUCAACUGUUUCCUUUACCAAGUCAUAAACCAGUUAUCCAUUUAUCUUUGUUUUCUUUCCAUUUGUUGACAUUGAAUCACUUUGAUUUUGUGUGUUUAGACACAGUACCACAUUUUUUCCAACUUCAAGUAAUGGAAUUCUAAUAAAUAAACACCUUGACUUGA